AUGGCUUCAGCCCCAAGAAUAAUCUCAAAGAGCGUUCUACCGAAUUCCACACCCCCGAAGCCAUGGUUCCACCACCUAAACAUCGAUACCAUUCUCAAAGUCCUCUACCGAACAGCCUUCAACCCUUUUCUUGCCUGGAUCCUUGUACUUUGUCUGCGCGCGCAAGUCACACCCCCUACACACCCGGCCUGGAUAUUCAGCGUUAGUUACGCCAUAAUCAUAAGCCUACUUUUCAUAUUGGGAACCAUCAGCCAUCGCGUCGCGUAUGGCCUUCCGCGGAACGUGGAGCCUGAACGGGAAGUUGUACUUGUCACGGGGGGUGCAAGCGGGUUGGGACUACUUAUCGCGCAAAUUUACGGGAAGAGGGGGGUCGCUGUCGCUGUGCUGGAUGUGAAGGAUAUUGUAGAGGAAGAGGUAGAGGAGGUUUUCGGGGAGGGGGUGGAUUUAAGGUAUUUUAAGUGUGAUGUCGGGGAUAGGAAAGAAUUAGAGAUUGCCAAGAAGGAUAUUUGCAAGGAGCUUGGAACACCCACAAUCGUGAUAAACUGCGCCGCAGCGAGGAUCAAUGGAAAACCCCUGCUGGAAUUAUCACCGGAUGAUUUUGAGAAGACACUGCGCACCAAUCUGACAGCUGCUUUCCAUCUAUACCAGGCUUUUCUCCCCGGUAUUCUGGGAAAUGCAGAGAAUGGAGGCACCCUUGUGACCGUCAGCUCUGUACUAGGCCAGUUAGGCCCGGCUGGGUUGACGGAUUAUUCCGCUAGCAAGGCUGGGCUGAGUGCACUGCACCGGACAAUGGAAGCGGAAUUGCGCGGUAAUGAGAAUAUCAAGACGUUACUGGUGGAGACGGGUCAGAUGUCAACACCACUGUUCAACUGGAUCCGAAACCCGAGUCAUUUCUUUUCGCCAGUCCUGGAGCCGGUUGAGGUCGCUAAAGAGAUCGUGGCUACAGUUGAUAGUGGCCAUGGCGGUGUGCUUCGAUUGCCAGCAUUCGCAAAGCUGAUAAAUUGGUAUGCUGUAUUUCCUGGCGCGUUGCAGGUCGUCGCAAGAUAUCUGAGUGGGAUCGAUGCUGUGGUGUCUUCUAGCCUCCAGAGUCGUGAGAUACCCAGCAAUCGUGCGGGUCGAGUCUUAAGAAGUUCAAAAAAACGGACCGAUUGA